AUGGGCGAUAACAAUAGCGGCUUCGGCCUGAGUAGGACCGCCAAGGAUUUACUGAGCGGAACCACCGGAGGGAUAGCUCAGGUCCUCGUUGGACAGCCAUUGGAUCGCAUCAAAGUCAAUCUUCAGACUGCUCCACAGGGCACAUAUACCGGAAUGGUCGACUGCGCAUCGAAAUUGGUCAAGAGAGAUGGCGUCAGAGGUCUCUACGCUGGCACAUUGAUGCCGUUGCUCGGUGUCGGAGCCUGCGUGAGCGUCCAAUUCUCAGUGGUUGAAGCCGUCAAGCGCUCCUUCGCAUCGUCAAAUGCCAAGAGAGCCGGAGCUACCUCGUCCGAGGCCCUCUCUGGCGUCGGCGCCAAGGCCUAUCCGCUCUCCUCUGCACAGCUCUAUUCGGCCGGUGUGGCCGCAGGUCUCGCCAAUUCAUUCCUCGCAGCACCCAUCGAGCACAUCCGUAUUCGACUGCAGCUCCAGACGGACGGUGCCUUCCGCGGGCCUGUGGGCUGCGCCAAAGCCAUCGUUUCGUCCAAUGGCGUCCCUGGCCUUUUCCGCGGUUUGGUCCCUACUCUCGUCCGAGAAGGUCACGGUAUGGGCAUGUACUUCCUCAUCUACGAAGCUGUCGUCGGCUACAAGCUUCGCAAGGACAACCUCUCGCGGGCCGAGCUUCCCAGUUUGUGGGCAAUGCUCGGUGGAGCUACAUCUGGUCCCCUGCUGUGGUUGGCCGUGUAUCCAGUGGACGUGCUCAAGACUGUCUGGACUACGCAGCCGCUGGACCCGGCGCAGCGAAAGUACAGCAGCUUGGCCGCGUGUGCAAAGUCGAUCUACGCGCAAGGCGGCUGGCGCGGCUUCUUCCGAGGUCUUGGGCCCACCUUGACCCGAGCUCCCAUCUCCAACGCUGCAACGUUCGUGGCUUACGAGUGGGCUGCGAGGAACCUCGAGGGGUACGUGCGCGAGUGA